UUCGAGAUGGUUAGGUUAAGUCUUGCAGAAAUGUAUUAACAAUGAAAGGUAUAAACAUUAUAGAAGUAUACAUAAUAUAUGUAUACAUUAACUGUAUUUCUAUGGAAAAUACACUCCUUACAACUCCAAACAAGCGCCUCAAAGGACAUAUCAUGGACAAACUUUCACCACUUGGUCUUAAGAUGUGUUUGAGGGAGUGUUCGGCCAGAACACUUUGUAAAUCCCUGAAUUUUUGUCGGAAUACAUUAACAUGUGAAUUGUCCUCAUCUGAUGCAGAAUCACAUCCGGAGGACUUUCUUCACGACUCACAAUAUACAUAUGCUGAAAAAAUGAAGAAACCACAGAGAUACUUCAAAGAAUGUAACGAAUCUUGUUCAUCGGGUAGCAAAUGUGUGAUUACAGCUUCAGGUCCAGCUUGUAUGAUAACUGAUUGCUCUAGUCAACAUCCAGACAGCCAAGACACCACUGUGUUGGUGAAUUCAACAAGAGUCGGUACAGUUCUGAACUAUAAGUGCAUUAUGCUCCCUCAUUCUUCUCUUGUCUCUUCAUGCUUACCUAAUGGGACGUGGACUUCUCAGUCACAUCAGUGUACUACAGCACCAGCAUGUUUCAACAGUAAUACUUCCUGCUGGUACAAUUUCAAUUUCACCUACAUCAGUGGCUGUAAUUCCUGUACCGGAACCCGGUAUGUCAAGAAGACGAAUUAUACAUCGGCUCCCUAUGUUGGAAUCAUCCUUUGUUCUUCUCAAACACCUCUUUACAGAUAUAAGAUAAUGUUGGGAUCCAAUCUUUCUGACACUUUCUAUGACGUAGCAGAAGAUUUGUCGAAUGUUGGUGGUUCUCAACACGACCAUUGUGAAUUAGUAGGAGGAAGAGAAGAUACAUCAUACUGUUAUGAUCAUCAUGUAAACCUAGGCGAUAAAAGUAUAUUCAUAUUACUUUAUGAUCAAAGUUUGAAGAAAGGUGUUUCUGUAAUUAAAUUUUAUUUACAUUUCAAAUAA